AUGAACUACAAAUUAAAUAUACGAGGACCAAAAGUAAAUCGUAGCAGGCUGGAUUCCGGGAAGUGCGAGAAGGAAUCCGAAGCGCAGCAAGUGCUUCAGCAGGCGGGCAACGUCGAGAGGCUGGGCAGAUUCCUGUGGUCGUUACCGGCCUGUGAUAAGUUGCACAACAACGAGUCAGUGCUGAAAGCCAAGGCGAUAGUGGCGUUCCACAGGGGCAACUUCAAGGAACUGUACAAAUUACUAGAAAGUCACACCUUCAGUCCCCACAACCACGCCAAGCUCCAGGCGCUCUGGCUGAAAGCUCACUACAUAGAGGCUGAAAGAUUGAGAGGAAGGCCUUUGGGCGCGGUGGGCAAGUACCGCGUCCGGCGAAAAUUCCCCCUCCCCCGCACCAUCUGGGACGGCGAGGAGACGAGCUACUGCUUCAAGGAGAAGUCGAGGAGCGUGCUGAGGGACUGUUACAAGCACAACCCCUAUCCCAGCCCGAGGGAGAAGAGGGAGCUUGCCGAAGCGACGGGACUCACCACGACGCAGGUCUCCAACUGGUUCAAGAACAGGAGGCAGAGGGAUCGGGCAGCGGAACACAAAGACAGGUAG